AUGGGUCCCAGGGGCUGCAUUGCAUUGGUCAGCUGUGCAGCUAUAAACCCCGGAAAAUGCCCUCCUGACACAGGCUCUGUUCCUAAAGUCCAGCUGUUGGCGUCCUCUUUGCUCCUCAUGGGUAAUGCUAACAGCAGAAGGGGCGAAAGCGAGUUCUUGGCGUUAAACCAGAUGACCCGGGCCUCUGCAGUUGCAGUUUUCUCUAGUCGUCUUGGAGACUGUCUAUGCCACUGGGUUGAGACGGCUGCAACAAAGUUUUUUGAACCGAAGGCUUUUGCGACAUCCUUCCUCGUAAAAAUUUUCCUGCGUCUGUUUGGCGCGCUAUUACCGGUGACAGUAGACCUUUUAAAGAUCUGCGACGAGGGUUACAUAGUUGAUAGAGGUAUGUUUCAAAAUAUACUGAGAAAAUUGUGA